GGUGUCAGUGUCGGGUUACUUUUGUUGCUGGGUGACCGUCAUUUAUGAUAGAAGAAAAAAUGCCUAAUGUCGUUCGAGCUCCGUAAAAAUAUUGAAGCCCUCAUAUGUAAACCAGAUAUAUUACAGGAAACGUCUCUGGGUGCAGACUGUCCGUGAGCUGUGCCGGGAUUGAAGAAGACCUCGCCUGGACAGUCGCCUUCCUGCAGAGCAUCCAGCGAUGACAGAGCAGCGCCACGCGAGUGUCUCCUCCGUCCCCCAGAUGAGCUCAUUUCACGGCGACGGUGCCGCCCCAGCGGUGGACAUGGACCCGGUUGAGUACACCUUACGGAAACGCCUUCCUCGCAAGCUGCCCAAGAGGCGCAAUGAUGUGUAUGUCAACAUGAAGACCGACUUCAGGGCUCAGCUGGCCCGCUGCCAGAAGUUACUGGAGGGCGGGGCACACCGUGAAAUCUGCAUCCAUGGUUUGGGAUUGGCCAUCAAUCGUGCCAUCAACAUAGCGCUGCAGCUGCAGUCUGGCAGCCAGGGGGCGCUUCAGCUGGCCGCCAACACUUCCACUGUUGAGUUGGUGGACGACCUGGAGCCUGAGGAUCCCGAUGAACACGGGGAGCCUCUGACCCGCACCAGGAACAACUCUGCCAUCCACAUUAAGGUGUUCUACCCUGACCCCCAAUGACUGACUGUGAUGGAAUGAGCUGUUAUUGCUCUACUCUGAAGGGAUGUGGAGGACUUGCUACCUCACAGGAAGAAAAGAUGUCGGGCGUGUGUACUUGGUCUGUCUCCGUUGUUACAAGAGCGCUCCGGCCGAAUCGAUGAGUGCGUUGUUUAUUUUGUUAUCUGGUUAAUGAAUGCUAAACCAGAUGGACUGCAAACCUGCGUCACUUCAAUGAGAAACUGUACUUUCUUUCACGAAGGUAGGAUUAGAGAACAUGACAUCGAAAAGCACAUUGUGUUUCCGGUGUGAAAGAAAUCUAUUUAUGACUAGUCACCACUGUAUUCCUGCUCUGAGUUAUGUCUUUAUUCUUUAUCAUUGUUUAAGUCUGCAUGAAAGAAUCUUUUGUCCCGGGUCAGUAUUAAACAUUGAAACUCUCUCUGCCCUGCACUUGUGUUUCACGUCCACCAGAUGGUAGUAGAGAUCCAUGUUGAUUCGUGUGGGGCCUAGCAUGCAGGUUGGACCCUCACCUUGAUUUUAAGAUAAUCAAAUAACUAACAAGCAAUGAAAUAUUCUGUAAUACGUUUGGUUCUCAUAAAUGAGGCCUUGAUGUAAUGUCUCUGUCAAAUCCUCACAUGCCAUGUGACGUAGUAGGUACUAUGGGA